UUAGGUUACUUGAGUAUCAAAGCCACUGGAAUGAUUAAUUUCCCUGGUAAUGAGAAUUGAACAGAGCACUACAGGCUUAUCAGGCAGUUAACAAUCUAACACUAUUCACACACCAGUCACCCAGAAAAUCUUUCCCACUUUCAGGUUCUAACUUGGCAUCAAAUUAACUGUAACUUUUCAAAUAAAUAACCUGUUAUUUUAGAACAUCAAAUAUUACUGAUUUCUCUCUCUGUGCCAAGCUUUCAAGAUAAUCUUCUUUGCUUUUGCUAGUGAUGCCGUUAUCAAAGCUUUACUUUUUAGGCAGAUGAUGCAGUAGCAAUACAAUUAAAUCGGGACGGGGAGAGAGAAGACUGAAAGUUGGGUUUAUCAUGCAGUUGCCACAGGGAAGAGCUCAAAAUUCUAUUCUCCCUUAUGUGGCAGCAAAGGCUGGAUCAAGAUCACGCAAGCAAGAGAUCACUCCAGUGACAUAUAGUGCCGGGUAAAAAGCUCCUAGUAACAAUGAAACCGAUGCCACAAAAUACUUCCCAACCCACAACCCUACACCUUGUUUGGUAAAACGGAUUUCUUUAAUUUUAGAACUUUGCAUAGACUGGAUUGAAAUAAUUUUCUUCCCCCACCCCCACCCUCUACUCCUAAACCUUUCUCUAAGGGCUUUUGGGCCAAACGUUACGCUCAGAUUUCAAAAUGCAAACAGAUGUCCCAUUGCCCUAAGAAAACGGACAGCUACGCUUCAUUUCCUAGACGUGCCGGAGCUGGGUAUUUGGUUUUUGUCCCCAGUAUUUAAAAGGGGCGCAUGACCCCCUCCCCGACUUCACUUGUAGUUACAUGCGUGGGUGUCAGUUUGGGAAAGGAGGGUAUAAGGAAAUCAAACUACAGAGUCCUCCCCUACCCCUUCACCUCCCCUCCCCAAGCUGGUUCUAGGCAGAAAGGAGGACGAUGUUCUGAGAAAGCUGGCGCUGGCCGGGGAUGGAGGUCCUGCCCCGAGCGCGGUUGGAGAUCCCCCAAGCUUUGGGUUCCAGAAGCAAGGACCACCCUAGAGAAGCUUCUGCCCUCUGUUUUGAGAGAAAGGAGAGACAUCCUCCCCAUCACUACUCCCAAACCUCCUGAAAGUAGGAGCCUUCUUGAACCUGUGCUAACCUGGAGGAGACAAAGCCCCAGUGUACCAACCGAGCCUUCUGAUCCUGGUGGUUGUAGGCCCCUGACCCCUGGGAUGAACAGCCCAUUGGAGUGGAAGGAACCAGCAAGGACCAGCAAUGGCAGCAGUGGACAGAAUGGGAUAUCCCAGACUGAGAGCCCAGCUUGUGGUUCUGCCGAGGCACUAGGUCGGAGGAAACAUAGGCGCCGGUCUUCAAAACGCAGAAGGCACCGUUGGAGGCCCUACCUGGAGCUGAGCUGGGCAGAGAAGCAGCAGCGAGAUGACCAACAAAGCCAGCGAGCCUCCAGGGUUCGAGAGGAGAUGUUUGCCAAGGGGCAGGCUGUGGCCCCCUACAAUACCACUCAGUUCCUGAUGGAUGACCAUGACCUGGAGGAACCAGACCUCGGUAAUCCCCAGGGGGUACCCCACCAGGGUUCUGGAUGGGAAGAGGAAGAUGAGGAGGAAGGUGGGGGAACUGGGGACAUUGAUGAUCGAGGGAAGGCCCAGGGUGAAUUCCUCCAAAGAGAUUUCUCAGAAGCCUAUGAGCACUACUAUGUGGAGAGCCUGCAGGGCCGAAGUAAGGAAGAACUGGUACGGGACUACUUAGAGCUGGAGAAACGGCUCUCAUGGGCUGAGGAGGAGACCCGGCGACUGCAACAGCAGCGAAACCCCUCGGGUCCUCAUCCCUGUUACCGGGCCCAGGAACUGGCAGCUGAAGUGGAGCGACUGAAAAUGGAGAACCAGAGGCUUCGACGGGAGAACGAAAUGUGGGGCCAAGAGGGCGAUAGCCCGAGAGAGAAUCUGGGCACCUGAGGGAGCCCUUUCCUAACCUCUCCCCAACCCCCCCCCCCAGGUAGCACACUAGAGGCUUUCUAGCAAAUGUAGGAGGGUGGGGCAAGGAGAAGGCACGCUUUCUGUACUCAUUUCACCUGCCCAACACUGCAUCCAAGGAGAGUUGCACCAUCUGUGUUCCUGAGAAGCCCUGCU